AUGGCAUAUUUCAAUGAUUACAAAUUUCCAAGAUGGCAUAUUUUAAUGUUUGCAAAUUUCCUAGAUGGCAUAUUUCAAUGUUCUCAUAUUUCCAAGAUGGCAUAUUUCAAUGAUUUCAAAUUUCCAAGAUGGCAUAUUUCAAUGAUUACAAAUUUCCAAGAUAGCAUAUUUUAA